AUGCGAGAGAUGACGGGAUAUGGCCCGACAGAAGACGAGUAUGAUGCGUUGCCUAUUGCCGUGCGGAGAAAGUACUUCUCGACCCUCGAGCGAUUGAGACUCGAACAGAACUCACGAUCCAAUGUUCUCAAUGAUCUGCCAGUACAGCGACAUCGAAAAGGCUCCCUGGCAGAUCGUCGAGGUCUGAAUCUGCGCCCUAUUAUCGAGCCUCGACGGAAGUCCGGACAACCUCUGCGCAACCAACCGAGACAGCAUACCGUUUCGAACAGUGACGCAUCGUGGUUCCUGACCCUGCCCGACAAGAUCAAGCAAAGGCACUUUACUCCGGAGGAACAGGAGAUUCUCAGUGGCCGCCUGCGCGAGGGCGUUAUCCUGGACGCCGCCGAUGAAGCAUUAUACAAAGCCAGCCGCCGUGCAAGCCGUAAUCUGACACCGCCCUCCAAUAACAACAUCGAACCUAACCAGUCCUCGCGCAUAAUGGGCCGCUUAGAAGAGGAGGAGAGCUCUCUGGACAAGUCAAUGGCAGAAACUAUGCACGAAAGCUUUCGGUGGAUGGACGAGGAAGAAGACUUGGACUUGAAGUUGGUACUGGACGACUAUCAUGCAAACCUCGACGGUUUCGUUAUCCCUACUCCAGACAGCAUAAGGAAACCGUCCUUCCGACGAAAAAUGUCGGUUACCAAGAUUCCCUUCAACAGGAGCGCACCCUCUUCAAUACAUUCACGGUCCCCCAAGUCCAAAUCUCCCAAAGCUCUGAAAGUCGAUCCGAGUCACGGCCGGCAAAAAUCACGAGCCUUAUCCCUCAUAGGCCCGAAACAUGUGACCCAGGGUUCGGUAUCCUCAAUCGACCCGAAUGCAACCCACUAUCAGGACCCCGAAGCCAGACUGAAACUUCGAGUAUACUUGGCAUCACCGCAGAAGUUCGACGAGGCCAUAGAAUUUGGGUUCCCGUCCAUAGACGGGGUAGCAGGGGACAAGGAGAACAAGCCUCCACGCAUAUCCCGAGAUGUUAUACGCAGGAAGUCACAUUCCAUAGAUCAGACCCGAUCAUUCUUUUUGAAUGACAUGGAUGUGGCAUCCUUAUUUGAAGACGAUACCUCAAUGAUCGAUCCCGAGUCCCCGCAAACGCCAAUGUUCGCCGACUCGCUCUUCAAACCUUAUCAACCACCAGUGUCAGCGAAAGACAACAAACCGUCAUCGGAUUUCUCACACCUCGGGAUCACCAAACCCAUGUUGGUAAAGCAACCCGAGUCACAUACACAAACGAUGGCAGGGAGUAGGGAGAUGACAUUGCGGAUGACACUCACGAGGCCGGAUUUGAGGGCAGAUGAGAAUACUAUAUAUGGAUGGCAGACAUCAUCCAGGAGCCCCCUUCGAGAAGAGCCGCUGACCCUGGAGGAGGCGGAUGAAAAGGGCGAGGUGCGCGGUCCUUUUGGGGGAGUCGAUGGGUGGGGUCCAGACGACAAAGAAGAUGGGGUCGUGAAGAGACUUUGGAAUAAGGUGAGGAGUUCGCAAAAAAGGCUCUCUUAG